AUGACCUCAGGCGAGAGGAUGGGUGGGUGCGACUCGACUCACAUAGAAAAGGAAAGGAAAGGAGUACUGAGAGAAGAGGCAUGGCCACUCGCAAGUUUCCUGUCUGGUAAAGCUGUAGCCCUGCCCAGAGACGGAGGCAGCAGAGCUGGCCGACAGGCAGGGGAGGCAGAUAGGGCCCGGGAAACAUUUUCUGCCUAUUUGACAGGCAGACGGACAGACGGCAGGACGGAUACACGGGUGGGGGCUGUGCUAGGCGGCUCGGCGGCAGGCUGGUGGAAGAUGUCGUCAGGAGCCGGUGGGAGGGGCGGAAGGCGGCUCAGGGGGACAGCGAGCAGCGGGGGUGGAGGAGGGAGAGGAGGGGCAGGAGAAGCGGAGGAAGGCCCCGUCGGGAUCCCUUUCCCUGAGCACAGUGCGGACAUCCUGGGCAGCCUGAACAAGCAGCGGCUCAGCGGCCUGCUGUGCGAUGUGCUCCUGGUUACUCAGGACCGGGAGUUCCCAGCUCACCGCUCCGUCCUGGCAUCCUGCAGCUCAUACUUCCACAAGCUCUUCACUUCAGGGGCCGCUGCUGACCAACAGAACAUCUACAACAUCGACUUUGUGGCAGCAGAGGCUCUAGGAGCAUUGCUGGACUUUGCCUACACAGCCACAUUGACAGUCAGUCACAGUAGUGUGGCUGACAUCCUUGCCGCUGCGCGCCUCCUGGAAAUCUCACCUGUCCAGGACGUCUGUACACACCUGCUGGACACCAAAGUGCUCUCCCCGCCGGCGGGCAAUGAGCGAAGAGAUGAAGAUGAAGAUGAGGCUGGAAAGGGCAGAGGAGGCAAGGAGCAGGGGAACCGGGUGCGGGCCCGGGAGUACCUGGAGUACUUCCAGAGAGGUGCGCACUGGAGCAGCAGCUGCAGCACGCCAGAGCUCAGGGACCUGCCUACACACCUGCACUUUAACCACGGCAAUGGCCCCAGCAAUGGGGCCCCUGGCGGCCCCGGUGAGUACUACUCCCCUUUGGCCCUCGCCUUGGCCCAAGCCCCAACGCAGGAGCCAGAAGAAGAGGACGAGGAUGAAGAGGAAGAAGAGGACGGAGAGGCAGUGCAGGGGAAUGGUGCAAGCCUGGGGUCAUCUUACUACCCUCCGUCCCAAAAUGGGCACUUCUACCUCCCCCCUGAGUCUAGGCUGGGGCAGGAGACAGAAAUGGAGGAUGGGAGUAGGGAGGUGAUGGCAAGGGAGAGGGGUUCAGCCAGUGCCCUCCUGCAGCAGAUGAUGGACUCCAUCGAGAGGCAAAAGGAGCGCACAACAACGGGGGAGGAACGGGGAGAUGAGGACGACCCAGACAUGGAAUUUUACUUGAAUUAUUUUAACAGCACACAGCAUGAGGAUACAGCUUCUGCUGCUGUGACACAGGGAGUGCCACUGCCCUGGUUAUCACGGGGAAGUACAGGCCAAGACAGAGUUGGAGAAAGGGUUGUUGGAGAGAGAGGCAGUGGGGUUGGAGGAGGAGGAGUUGGAGAGCGGAAGAUGCGCUCUAAGGCCUUCCAGAAGUGCCCCAUAUGCUCCAAGGUCAUUCAAGGAGCAGGCAAGCUACCCCGCCACAUUCGAACGCACACGGGAGAGAAACCCUAUGAAUGCGCCAUCUGCAAAGUGCGCUUUACCAGGCAGGACAAGCUCAAAGUUCAUAUGCGGAAGCAUACAGGAGAGAAGCCUUACCUGUGUACGCAGUGUGGAGCCGCCUUUGCUCACAACUACGACCUGAAGAACCACAUGCGCGUACACACCGGCCUGCGCCCCUAUCAGUGCUCAAGCUGCUUUAAGACUUUUGUGCGCUCAGAUCACCUGCACCGCCACCUCAAGAAGGAUGGCUGCAACGGCAUCCCCUCUCGUCGAGGUCGAAAGCCUCGGGUGCGAGAGCCAGGGCUCCUUGAGCCCCCUCUGGGCCUGCUGAGCCCCAGCUCCGACACAGGCCCUGGGCCUCGUACCAUCAGGGGGCGGCGGCGUUCUGAAGCAAGCUCAGCAGUGGAGAUAGGGGAUGCUGGAGCCCAUGCACACAGUCCUCAACUGCAGGAGUUGGCAGGAGAGGCAGGGCCCUAAGACUGCACGGGCAACAAGGACACUGCUGGACACCAUAGUCACUCUGCACUGCCUGUGAGACAGGCCAGUGAACAGAGAGGAGAAAAAACAUGCAAAGGCAAACUUUAAAAAAAAAAAAACAAAAAAAACAACAAAACAACUAACUAUUCCUCUAUAAACCAAAUCAGGGUGUCACAAAAAUCUAGUCUUUAUAUUUCUUUCUCCUUUUACUUUAGGAAACAGAGUAGACAUGCAAGCACUUGAGUCGGUUUACCUGUUAAAGAGCAAAGAACGCUUCAAAUCAUGCACCCAUGACGUCCACUUUCUGGGCCAUUUCUUUCUUUAUAAUCUUAGGGGUUUUAUACAUUGGCAUAUGUGCUUAAGCAAAUGUAUGA